UCUCUCCCCCGAGCAGUUCCAAAAACCUCAUAAAACCCCUCCCUUCAACGCAGAGAGAAAACUGGGAAAUUACAGAAACCAGUUCGAGUUAAAAUGGCUACUCAGUUACCGGACGAUUUCAAGUGCCCGAUUUCUCUCGAGAUAAUGUCCGACCCAGUAAUUCUCUCAUCGGGUCACACCUUUGACCGUGCUUCUAUCCAACGGUGGCUUGACUCGGGCCACCGUACUUGCCCAAUUACUAAGCUACCUCUUCCCGACCAUCCUCCUCUCAUACCCAACCAUGCUCUUAGAAGUCUGAUUUCCAAUUAUACCCUCCUCUUCCCUCCAAAAUCACAGCUUAACGCUUCACCGCCGCCAUCAAAACCACAGCCUCAAACCCUAUUCUCCACUCUCACUUCUCCGUCUUCUCCUCUCAACUCCAAGCUUGUCUUGCUCUCUCAGCUCACGAGACUCACCAAGCUCGACCAUGGCCUUCGCCGCCAGCUGACAGAGUCUGGAGCCGUAUCCGCUGUUCUCAACUGUGUCAGCUCGCCGGAGUCGGUCCUCCAAGAGAAAGCCCUCUCUCUAUUACUCAAUCUCUCUCUCGACGAUGAUAAUAAGGUGGGUCUAGUGGCGGAAGGUGCAAUUGGCCGGGUCGUCACAGUUCUACGGGUUGGAUCGCCGGAUAGCCGUGCCAUAGGUUGCACUAUCUUGACCAGUCUGGCAGUCGUAGAAGUAAACAAAGCGACAAUUGGGGCGUAUCCAAAUGCAAUUCAAGCGUUGGUCACGCUACUAAAUUAUGGGAAUGGUAGAGAGGUGAAAGAAGCAGCAACAACGUUGUAUGCUAUCUGUUCAUUUCUGGAUAACAGAAGGCGGGCUGUGGAAUGUGGGGCGGUGCCAAUUUUGGUGAGGAUAGGCGGGAUGGGUCUGGAGAGAGCAGUGGAAGUCUUGAGUAUGUUGGUGAAGUGUAAGGAAGGGAGAGAAGAGAUGGGGAGGAUUGGUGGGUGUUUGAGGGUUUUGGUGAAGGUGAUUAAGAAUGGGAGCAAGAGAGGGAUUCAGUGUGGGCUUUUCACUUUGAAUUAUUUGUGUUGUUACAGUGAGGAAAUGUGUGGCGAAGCCAAGAGAGAAGGGGUUUUGGAGAUAUGUUUGGGGUUGGUGGAGGAUGACAACGAGAAGGUAAGCAGGAAUGCUUUAAGUUUGGUGCAAACGCUAAGUGGGUGCCGCUUGGUGGAGUGAUGGAGGGUCGCUUUCGGUUAUGGAUGGAGGUGAGUUGGGGAUUUUUGGGUUUUUUUUUUUUUGGGAAUGGUUCUCUUCUUUGUUGGAUAGUUCUGUGUACAAAUGAAAGAAAAAGGAUUAGAAUUUGAUGAGGGAUAGUUUCCUUCUUUUUGGGGAAAAAAAAAUUUUUGUACAUUUAAAUAAAUCUCUCUCAGAAUUC